CAACGCCGACGGACGGGGGACAGGGGCCAGGCAUUUCCUGCGCCUAUAUUAAAAUAAAGGGCUUCCCGCCUCUCGGGCCGCGCUAAUACUCCUCGGUUCUGUCACCAUUCAACAGCCCUCCUCCUCUCAGUCGCCUUUUCGGCUACCCUUCUACCGUCGGUUGUCCCGUCUCUGGAUCGAGCUUCUCGAGACAAGAUGGCGACCUUGGAGACUCACCUCUCCCCCCGCCACAUUCAGGACUUCAGCCAAGCUCAGGGACUACAGAAGCAUUGGGGCUACGCCGACAGGGUCGUUCCGUGUACCAACGAUGUCGGAUCCUGUGAAUAUCUGGACCAGGUGUACGCGGCUCAUGACCAGACCAUGGUCUUCAGUGGCAUAUUCUGGGCCAUAGUCGCGGGUAUCCUGUUUCUCUGGGCCAUCGGAAGGAAGGUAUUCCCCUCCCGCCGCGCGGACCAGGUCAUCCCCACCACCGCCGACAGCGAAAGCCAGGCGGCGAAAGCCGGCCGCGCUUGGCGGUUGCGGAGGACGGCCGCGUCGCUAACCCGGCGUUACUUGUUGCCGGACUCGAUCCGAUCCGUCUUUGGUCGGACGACACGACUCCAGGUCCUCAUCCUGACCAUCCUAGCCACGUAUCUACUCAUCUUCAGCUUCGUCGGCUUCGCAUAUCGGACCUGGAUCACGCCGGUGAAGAAUAUGCCGGGUGUAUACAACACUAGAACGAGUCUGGGCCCGUGGUCCGACCGCGUCGGCGUAUACGCUUACGCUCUCACGCCGCUGUCCAUUCUGCUCUCCAGCCGGGAAUCCAUCCUCUCUCUGCUCACCGGCCUCCCCUAUCAGAGCUUCAACUUCCUUCACAGGUGGUUAGGCUACAUCAUCGUCAUCCAGGCCUCGCUACAUACCAUCGGAUGGUGUAUCAUAGAGAUACGGCUGUACCAACCUCAACCCAAGGUCGCCGUCGAGUGGAUCAGGCAGGUGUAUAUGAUAUGGGGUAUCGUUGCUCAGAUCCUGCUCCUAUUGCUGUUCGGCUUGAGCACUCCAUGGGGUAUCCGUCUUACCGGCUACGAGUUCUUCCGUAAAGCGCAUUACGUCCUAGCGAUGGUGUAUAUCGGGGCUUGCUGGGGCCACUGGCACGACCUUGACUGCUUUCUGAUCCCGGGAUUGGUUAUCUGGCUAUUCGACCGCGGCAUCAGGUUCUUCCGUUCGGGACUCGUCCAUUACCAAUAUCUUCCCGAUGGGACGAUGGGGUUUAGGGCAGCUCACGCCUCCUUGGCGCGAUUCCCCGACGCUGAAUACGGCGACGUCGUCCGGAUGGACUUUGACCACCCACAGGAGCCGUGGAAAGUCGGGAAACACUUUUACCUGUGCUUCGCCGAAUCAGGCAUAUGGCAGUCACAUCCCUUUACGCCGCUGAACCUCCCCAAGGUCCAAAACGGUCUCGUCUCUCACGCCUAUAUCUUCAGGGCGAAGAAGGGCGAGACCAAGAAGGUGGCGGAACUGGCCGAGAAGAAGCUAGCCGCGGCCCCCAGCGCCACGACGCCGCUGAUCCUAUCAGGUUCGUACGGCGAGUCGAUCGUGGAGGACUUGACGCCCGACGUCAAUGUGCUAUGCGUGGCAGGCGGGACGGGUAUUACGUACGUCUUACCGGUUCUGCUCGGUCUGGCGGAACAGCCGGCGGUGAGGGAUCGGAGGAUACAGCUGGUCUGGGCAGUCCGAAAGACGGACGACACGCGUUGGGUCGAGAGAGAGCUCGACACGCUCCGCCAGGCAGCCAAGACGCACAAGAUCGAACUCCACAUCUACGUGACGCGGGAAUCCGGCAGCAACACCGGGUCGGACAGUGACGAGAGGUUGGAGAAGGAGGUGGCCGUGAAGGAGACAGGGCUAUCUGCCACUUGUCUCGGUUCGAUCCAGACCGACCAGGCUGGGUCAGCCAUCGACAUCCAGAGGAUUGGCGGCGAGGGAUUCAACAGGCACCCCGAGCUCGAAAAGCUGGUCAAGGAAUUCGUAGAGAACACGGUGACAGGACCGACGACGGUUUACGCCAGCGGCCCUGGGGGAAUGAUCAGCGACCUACGGAGCGUCGUGGCGUCGUGCAAUGAUGGCUCAAAGGUGUGGCAGGGAAAUGAACGAUACGACGUUAAGCUGGUAUGCGACGACAGACUCGAGUGGUGAAAGAAGAGUAGCCGUUCGAAAUAAAAAUAAUAAUAAUAGAGCAUAGAUCCUCCCCAGAUGUCCUACCGGGCAGAGUGAGUGGGAUAUGGCUGGGCGUAUCGCGUCCUUGUUCGUGUUGUGGUUGGGAAGUUUGUUCCAGAUCUCCGCCUUCUGACGGCCCGUAUCUGUCCAACCUCCCUGGAUGACACCUGGGCACAGAACCAUGCAGUGUCUUCCCCCUGGGUACGCGUCUCUAUGCCGAGUUACCCGGCUGUUGGAUGUAAGCAUAUAACUUAUCGCGGUCGUCGGUUGCAUUAUGAGUACACCCUACACGCCCUACAUAGUCUCCGCGUCGCCUAGAACGAUGCGAAGUUAAACCUAAGGCAACUAGCGUAGGGCUAUACGGACGCAUUUUCCCCUUUUCCCUUUUUCUUUCUCGCCUGGUAUGUUCCUGGCUACCUCUAGUGUCAAGCAAGGGAGUGGGUUAGUGGCCGGUCAGGGGUAAGGCGCCAAGCGCGGAGCGAGGCACCUUGACGUCCUCUUCGAGAUCGUGUGAAGGACAUAUAUUUUCUUUCUCUCCCUCAGCGAUCCCGGCACUGCCAUACCGCUACGAUAUAUAUAUAUAUAUAUAUAGAGAGAGAGAGAGAGAGAGAGAGAGAGAUGCUACCG